AAAAUCUGCAACAAAAUGACCCUUAUACUAGUAGCGUGAACUCAAAAUGGGACACAUACUACCAUGGACACAAGAAUAAAAAAAGAACAAAAUGGUGUUUUGGUAAUGAAACCAAUCAAUUGCAUGCAGCUUCACGGACGUACACGAAGGACAGCCCACGGAACUUCAGAAGACCGAUUGGGAUUCAUGGGUUGCAGUACUGUCCCAAGUCGGCCCAAAACCAGUUGUGCGGCUGUGCGCCACUAUCCGGCCCCGGGCCCGAUCGUGGCGCGCGCGAGGCGGUCCGCAGCGGCCAAGCCGGCGGCGCUGCCCCGCCGUCGACGGUGGAAGCUGAACCAGCCACGUCGGGUUUAGCAGCCGUUUGCCGCCACGCCGGACGCCCCACCCUCCCCUACUGCCUACUGCGCCACCCGGGCUUCCGGCUCCUGCUCAUCCACGCGUUGCGCGCCGUCCCGGCUCCGCCACCCGAGAAUAGGCGGACCCGGGAGACCUCAGGUUGACGGAAGGGAGAUAGUGUGGGCCGCAUAGGCACACGCGGCCGAGGCCUCCGCGCCUCCCGCGCGCCCCAUUCCCUCCCGCCCUCACCUUCCCCCCUCCCUCGUCCCCCGUCCAUGGGAGGCUCCUUAUAUCCCCCGCGCGGCCGUCACCGCCGCUUCGUUUCCCUCCCUCCAUGUCCCUCCGCGAGCCCAAUGCCGCGCCAGACCCAUCAAGGCGGCGGGCGGACGCCGUUGGGUGGCUGCGCUCCCUGUUCCUGGACCUGACACUGCCGCCGGAGGCCACCGAUGACGACCUGCGCGCUGCGGUCGCCAAUGGUAGGCUGCUCUGCGCGCUCCUGCGGAGACUCUUGCCCGGCGCGCUGUUGGACGACGCGGCCACGGACAAUGUCGGCAGGUUCCGCGCCGCCAUCCAGCGGAUGGGCGUGCCCACCUUCAGCGCCUAUGACCUCGAGAGGGGGGAGAUGUCAGCUGUCGUUACCUGCAUUCUUGCUCUAAAGGAUCGGUUCUCAUCACGCCUCGGCGAAGACCACCGCAGCUCUUCCUUCCUCACCAGAUGUGAAAGCGAAGGUGGCAGGAGGAACAUGGAAGGCAAGCUGCAAAGGGUACUCACAAGCCCCAUUAUGUCAGAGCCAUACUCUCCUUCCUUUGGAGGCGAUGCCUAUUCUCCAUCACAGGUAUUUCAACCGAAACAUGGAUAUUCUGAUCUACCUGGCUCUAAAUUCUCCGAAUUGAUGAAAUCCUCCAGCUUGGAGAACUCUCCCACUCAAUCACUUUUGGGUGUUGUUAACAGCAUCCUUGAUGAGAGCAUCGAGAGGAAGAAUGGACAAAUACCUUAUCGCAUUGCUUGCCUCCUGAGAAAGGUCAUAGUGGAGAUUGAAAGGCGUAUUUCUACUCAGGCAGGACAUAUACGAAAUCAAAAUAACCUGAUUAAAGCUCGUGAAGAGAAGUAUCAGUCAAGGAUAAGAGUGCUAGAAGCACUGGCUGGUGGGGCAAGUGGGCAAAUACAUGGGGAGAAAGACAAACUUGAAGGCAAGGGCCAACUAGUAGAGGAUGAUAUGGCUAGGUUAAUGCAGUAUGAGGAAGACUUGGUAAGAUUGAUGAAAGAAAAGGAAGACAUGGUUAUGUUGCUUAAAGAGAAGGAAGAUAUGAUCAGGUUGCUGAAGGAGAAGGAAGAUAUGGUUAGAUUGUUGAAGGUGAAGGAAGAUGUGGGUGACUUGAAUAAUGACAAAGUACAAAGGUUACUUAAAGAGAGGGAUGCUACUGUAGUUAGAUUGACACAAGAGAAGGAAGAUAUGAUCAGGUUGCUGAAGGAGAAGGAAGAUAUGGUUAGAUUGUUGAAGGUGAAGGAAGAUGUGGGUGACUUGAAUAAUGACAAAGUACAAAGGUUACUUAAAGAGAGGGAUGCUACUGUAGUUAGAUUGACACAAGAGAAGGAAGAUAUGAUUCGGAUGUUGAAGGAAAAGGAGGAUAUAAUUAGGCUAAUGAAUGAUAAAGAACACAUGGUUGAUAUGAAAGAUGUCGCAGUCGAAGAUACACAGUGUACAACAGAUGAGAAUAAAGAUAGGUUACUUAAGGAGAAGGAUGAUGUUGUAGUCCGACUGACAAAAGAGAAGAAUGAAAUCGUUGUCCAACUGACAAAAGAGAAGGAAGCCAUGGUUAGGUUGUUAAAGGAGAAGGAAGAUAUAAUUAGACUAAUGAAGGAGAAGGAAGAUAGGCUCAACUUAGCCAUUCACAAGAUUGAGGAUAGGAAGCAAGCUAUAGAUGAUGAUAGAGAUAGGUUGAUUAAGGAGAACAAUGAUGCCCUUUCCAAGUUAACAUCUGAGAAGGCAGAGAUUGUUAAGUUGCUGCAAGAGAAGGAAAAUUUAAUCAGAUUGAUGAAAGAGAAGGAAGAUAAAUCUGAUUUGAAGAAAGGUUAUGUCGAAGACACAAAACACUCAACAGGUGAAGAGGCAGACAGGUCAAUAAAGGAAAAGGGUGAGAUAAUUAGGUUGACAAAAGAGAAGGAGGAUUAUAGAAAUACUAUUAUGAAUCUUAAGCAGGAAUUUGAAUCAUUAAGAUCGUCAUAUGAGGAGAGAUGUAAGUUGUUAGAAUCUAAGAAGGAAGAUGUAGUUAAACUUGUCGCAGACAAGGAAAUGAAUGACAACAUAGUUUUGCAACUCAGGCAACAACUUGAGGCAACAAAAAAGUUCCAUGAGGCAGAGACAAAAGAGAAGGAGGAUUAUAGAAAUAUUAAUAUGAAACUUAAGCAGGAAUUCGAAUCAUUAAGAUCGUCAUAUGAGGAGAGCAGCAAGUUGUUAGAAUCUAAGAAGGAAGAUGUAGUUAAACUUGUUACAGACAAGGAAACGAAUGACAACAUAAUUUUGCAACUCAGGCAAGAACUUGAGGCAACAAAAAAGUUGCAUGAGGCAGAGACUCAGCAAUUAGAGACCAAAGCUGCCAAAGUAAAUAAGGAGUUUGAACAGAGGAUAAAAGAAAUAGAACUCAUGUUAGAAGAUUCUACAAAGAGGAGAAGAGAACUUGAGGAAUCUACUGAAUCUAGAAUCCAAUUUUGGAAGCAGAAGGAAAUAGUGGUAAACAAAUUUGUGGGUUUGCAAGUAAAGAAUGCUCAGGAAUUGAGGCUCUCUUCUGUUUCAGUUAGACUUGAAAUACAAAAUUGUCAAAAAAGAUGGUUUGAAGAAUUGGCUGGCCUUGGACAAAAUCUUAAGAUGGUAACAAGUGCUGCAGAAAAAUAUCAUGCAACUCUUGCAGAUAAUAGAAAACUAUUCAACGAGAUCCAGGAACUGAAAGGAAAUAUUAGAGUUUAUUGCCGGAUAAGACCUUUUCGACCCUGGGAGGAUGAGAAGUCCACUUCAGUGGAAUAUAUUGGUGAGAAUGGUGAACUGGUUUUAUCAAACCCUACAAAGAAGGGAAAGGAAGCCGGCAAGAAUUUCACUUUUAACAAGGUUUUUGGCCCUACAGCUACACAAGAUAUGGUUUUCAACGAUAUUCGGCCACUAAUUAGAUCAGUUCUUGAUGGCUACAAUGUUUGCAUUUUUGCAUAUGGUCAAACUGGAUCAGGAAAAACACAUACAAUGAUGGGUCCGGAAAACGCAACUGAGAAAGAAUGGGGUGUCAACUAUCGAGCACUAAAUGACCUUUUCAACAUCUCACAUGAUCGUCGGGACACAAUUAAAUAUGAACUUGGUGUUCAAAUGGUUGAGAUCUACAACGAGCAAAUCCGUGAUCUACUUGGUACCGGUGGCUCGCAGAAGAAACUAGGGAUCCAGAAUACCACCCAGCCCAAUGGACUUGCAGUUCCUGAUGCAACAAUGUGUCCUGUUGAUUCGACUUCUCAUGUUAUUGAACUAAUGCAAACAGGGCACAACAAUAGAUCCAUGAGUGCAACAGCCUUGAACGAGAGGAGCAGCAGAUCUCACAGUGUUGUGACCAUCCAUGUCCAGGGCCAGGAUUUAAAAACUGGUAACACUUUGCGUGGUGCUCUGCAUCUUGUGGACCUUGCAGGAAGUGAAAGGGUGGACCGAUCUGCAGUUACAGGAGACAGGCUCAAAGAAGCACAGCAUAUCAACAAGUCUUUGGCUGCACUUGGGGAUGUUAUAUUUUCUUUAUCACAAAAGAAUGCUCAUGUACCAUACAGGAAUAGCAAGCUUACACAAGUCUUACAAACUUCUUUGGGUGGGCAUGCAAAGACUCUAAUGUUUGUGCAAGUCAACCCAGAUGUUUCAUCAUACACUGAGACUUUAAGUACACUGAAAUUUGCUGAACGUGUAUCUGGUGUAGAACUAGGUGCUGCAAGGACCAACAAGGAGGGCAAAGAUGUCAAAGAAUUAAUGGACCAGCUUUCACUGCUCAAAGAUACCAUUGCAAAGAAGGAUGAUGAAAUUGAUCAGCUCCAACUAGCCAACAGUAGCAAUUCCCUACUGAAGUCCACGAAACAUGGUGACUCCUUGUUGAAGCAUUCGGCCUCUUCUCCAGGAAUGACAUCCUUAGGAAAAGUGGCAAGCUUUGGUAGCGGGGCAGCUUCUGAUCUUGACAACUGCUCUGACACCAGUGAUAGGCAUUCCGAAGCUGGGUCCAUGCUCUCUACUGACGAGGCCCGACAGCUGAGCCAGAACUCGGCUGAUCCUGGUGGUGAUUCAGAUGGAAGGCUAAGUGAUAUAUCAGAUGGCGGUAUACCCGCGGGUGCAGAAACUGACAGUUCAGCGAACAACGUUGUGGACCAAGAACAAGACAAAACAUCCGCUACUGGAAAAGAGCGGUUAGCCAAAGCAGUAAGUCGAGUCCAGAAGCUAACAGUACCCAAAGUCGGCCAAGCAUCAAGCUUGAGGCCUAAACCAAGAGAUCCUUCUGCUCCUAAAUCUUCAGUCACACCAGGUGUGCGAAAAGGUACCACCACUCAAGCAACUCCACCAGCAAAAGCAAGCGGCACUUCAAAAAGAGUACCAUAGAUCAAGAUAAUCAUUUGGCGAAGCCGCUUCCCAGCCAUUUUUCUUUUUGCAUAGCUUUUUCAGAUCUUAUUGCCAUGUGUAACACCGAUGCCAAUUACUGACUUGUGCAUCUCAGGUGGAUAGGUUCUUUUCUUUUCAUUGUUUGCAAUGAGGGUGUUAACUGCAUCAGUAUGUGAUGUUAGCAUGCCAUGAGAUAUCAUUGCUCAAUGUGUUAGUACAAACAGUGAAGGAAUUCGGAUUGAUCCAUUCAUGUUGAUAUUGUGGCGUUCAGCA